AUGGCGGCUGUAGACAAGGAGCCUGCAUGUGGUGUGGUGAUGGCGGCAGCUUCGGCCCAGGCCCCAGUCCCACCACUGCGGCCUGAGGUUCGAGCUGCCUCUCCUCGGUCACACCUGCAUGGGGCCUUGACGCGCAGCCCGCCAGGAGGUUCAUGUUCUCAAGAGUGCCUUAAUGGAGCAGGUUGCACAGAGGCAGGUGACUGUGAUUGUCAGUUAUUUCGGGCUCAAGGAAGCAGGUGCCAAAUUGUUCCUAACACUGGUAAGGACCGAGAUGGGAUUUGCAAGUCAUGGGGACAGUAUCACUUUGAAACAUUUGAUGGCAUCUACUACUACUUUCCGGGAAAUUGCUCCUAUAUUUUUGCAAAAGACUGUGGUACUUCAGAACCCCAGUACACUGUUUGGGUUCAUAACAGUCCUGACUGUUAUGGUUCAGUAUAUUCUUGUCAGAGGUCAGUCAGCUUAUUUUUUUCAAACCAAGAAGAAAUAAUUAUUUCAGGACGUGAAGUAAGAAAAGAAGGGAAAAGAUUAAUGUUGCCUCAGACAGUUGGAAAUGUUUUCGUUGAGAGAUUGGCUGACUAUAUUCUGGUGAAAACUACCUUUGGUUUUUCUCUUGCUUGGGAUGGAAACUCUGGUAUUUAUAUUAAGCUGACAGAAGAUCAUAAAGGGAAAUCUUGUGGCCUCUGUGGAAAUUUUAAUGGCAAUAAAUAUGAUGACCUGAUACUGCAAAAUAUAGGUGAACAUACAGAAGACAUUGCUGAAUUUGCAAAUAGCUGGGCUGUGCAAACCCCAGAUGAUGCAGCUUGUGUACCUACUGCCUCAGAUUUUUCCAGUCCUUGCUCAGCUGAUGAAAAAUCCACUGAGGACAUAUUCUUCAAGUGCCAAAUAUUCCUACAGUUUCCUUUUUUCAGCUGUCAUGAAAGCAUAGAUCCAUAUUCUUAUAUUUCUAGCUGUAUGAAUGAUCUUUGCAGAGUGGAUGAUGAUGAAACAUAUUGCAGAGCCGUGACAGAGUACGCUCGAGCAUGCUCUCAUGCUGGGUCCCCUGUGCGGGAUUGGAGGGAUGAUUUUCCUGCCUGUACUGAGACGUGUGAAGACAGCUUUGUACACCGUGAUUGUAUCAGUUGUUGUCCACCAACCUGCACCUUUGAAAAAGAUUGUCUUGGCAGCAACUUGCACUGCUUAGAUGGCUGUUACUGUCCAGAUGGUCUCAUUAUGGAAAAUGGAACUUGUAUCUCCGUGUCAAAUUGUCCUUGUACUUAUCAUGGAACUGCUUUCCCUGUAGGCUCAAAAAUUGAACAAGAAUGUAGUAAUUGUAUUUGCACUGGUGGCAUUUGGAACUGUACCGAUCAUGAUUGCCCAGCCGAAUGCUCCAUCACAGGUAACUCUCAUUUCACAACAUUUGAUGGACGUCUUACCUUUCUUGGGAUUUGCCAGUACAUUCUGGUAAAAGGCACUGGGAAAAACAAAUUCACAAUCACUUUACAGAAAGCACCUUGUGGACAGAACUUUGAUCAUGCCUGCAUUGAGUCUAUAACACUAGUUCUUGAAGAUGAUGUGAGCAAACAAGUAACUCUUACAAGAAAUGGUCAAGUCCAAACUGGUCCUAAUCAAGCUUUUAACCUUAAUGGGGCUAUUGAAAUUCAGAAUAUAUCUUCUUUGUUUGUUCAACUAAAAACUACGUUUGGUUUGAAGAUACUGUUUGCUAAAGAUGGAGAGAGAAUCUAUGUUCAAGUUGAUGUCAGCUGGAAAAGAAGAACAUUGGGACUAUGUGGAACUUACAAUGGGAAUUUAAGAGAUGAUUUUCUUUCUCCAGCAGGGAUGAUAGAAGGGACCCCGCAACUUCACGCCAAUGCAUGGAAGGUUUCUUCAGCUUGUUCUGUGCCUAUCAACAUUCCCGUAGUUGAUCCCUGCAACAUUAACCAGCAAAAUGUUGGUUAUGCUUCUCACUGUGAUAUCAUCAAUCAAGAAGUUUUUGCUCCCUGCCAUGCCUACAUCAGUCCAGCAUUAUACUACCAACUAUGCCGCUUUGACGCCUGCAAAUGCGGAAGCAGCUGUUUGUGUAAUGCUCUUGCACACUACGCUUAUGUCUGUGGAAAGCACGGCAUUGCCGUGGACUUCAGAUCUCAUAUUUCUUACUGUGCUGUGAUGUGUCACAGUGGUAUGCUUUAUCAUCAGUGCUCUUCUUUUUGUAAACACUCCUGUGCUUCACUUUCUAUGGCAAAUAUCUGUGGUGAUGACUGUGCAGAAGGAUGCAAUUGUCCUGAUGGGAAAUACUUUGAAGAGUCGGUCAACUUUUGUGUAUCAAUAUCUGCCUGUCAUUGUCAUUACAAGGGCAAAGCCCUACAGCCUGGAGAAAUCUUCCCCACACCAACAGGCUCCUGCCAGUGUUUGAAUGGAACAGUGAAAUGUAUGGAAGCUACUACAGACAAUACAGUUCACACAUGCCCAGAAGGGAAAAUCUACUAUGACUGCAGAUCUCCUGCACCUGGAUUACCAGCAGCAGGUGUGAAUUGUGGGAUCUCCUGUGCAAACCUUGCCAUGAACUUCUCCUGUGUCCCCUCACCACCCUGUGCCAGUGGCUGUAUUUGCCCCUCUGGGAUGGCUGAACACAGAGGGAAAUGUUAUAUUCCUGACAGUUGUCCAUGCACCUGGAAAGACAGGGAAUUUUUGUCAGGAGAAGUGAUAGCUACGCCUUGUUACACUUGUGUUUGUCGGAGAGGGAUAUUCAAUUGUACUAGUUACCCCUGUCCAGCUGUAUGCACUAUUUAUGGAGAUCGACAUUAUUACACCUUUGACGGACUGGAGUAUGAUUAUGUCAGUGACUGCCAAGCUUACUUGCUAAAGAGCACGGAUAACUCGAACAUAUCUAUAAUUGCUCAGAACAAAAAGUGCUUUGAUAAUGAUAUUGUUUGCUCAAAGAAUAUUUUCAUCACUGUUGGAGACACUGAGAUUUAUUUCAGUGAACCUUCUGAGAAGCAGAAUGCCUUAAGGGGACAGGAAAACAAAUCUAACUAUCAGCUGUGGAAGGCUGGAUAUUAUACUGUGAUACACUUUCCAGAACAGGACAUUACAAUUCUAUGGGAUAAGAAGACCAUGAUGCAUAUUAAAGUUGGACCUCGAUGGAAGGGGAAACUGGCAGGUUUGUGUGGAAAUUUUGACAAAUACACUUCAAAUGAUCUGACUACAUCCAACAACAUGGAGGUGAGAAAUGCACAGGUAUUUGGAGACAGCUGGGUAUUAGGACAGUGCAAGAGCCCAAAUGAAACACUAAGACCAUGUGAGGUACAUCAGAGCAAGUUCCCUUAUGCCAAAAAGGAAUGCUCAGUUUUAUACAGUGAUGUUUUCGCACCUUGUCGCAAUGUGAUUGAUGUGACUUCCUUUGUCAAAAACUGUCAUACAGACACAUGUAACUGCAAUCUUGGCGGAGACUGUGAAUGUUUGUGUACCAGUAUUGCAGCUUAUGCCCACAAGUGCUGCCAGCAAGGAGCGGUGAUACACUGGCGAUCUCCCUCUCUCUGUGCUUACGACUGUGAAUAUUACAAUCGAGGGCUUGGUGAAGGACCCUAUAUUUUGGCAAGUUCUGGAGAAAAUGACACAAUUAUAGGAGCUAAUGUAUCUAGUAGAAGGAUAUUUCCCCUGCCUAGAACUGGAGCAUAUGGAAAUGUAUUUUUCAGUUUCAUGAUAACUCCAGGUCUUUUCAAAGAUAAAGAUUUAUCUCUCUCUCUUGUUUCCCUUGAAUCUGCUGAAAGGCCAAACUACUUUCUGUACAUACAUGCUAAUGAAACCAUUGGUCUGGAACAGUGGCAGGCAAGUGCCUCCUUUCGGAGACGAGCCACAUUUUUCCACCACCAAGGCCUCUGGAGUCCAGGGCUCAGUGCCUUCGAACUGCACAGUAAAAAAGGUUUUUUCAUCAUUCUCACAUCAUCUGGUGUUAAAGUGGCAAAGUACGAUGACUCAGAAGAAUUCAAACGUCUAAGUAGCUUUAGUAUUGAAGAACUCAGUGCCUCUGUGCCUUAUAGAAGGAUGUGUGAAUGGAGAUAUGAAUCUUGUGCUAAUCCUUGUUUUAAAACAUGUAGUGAUCCUGAAGGAAUAGCAUGUAAAUUUCUUCCUCCGGUUGAAGGAUGCUUGCCAUACUGUCCCAAAAACAUGAUCCUUGAUGAGGUCACACUUAAAUGUGUUUACCCAGAAGAUUGUAUACCUGUGACACCUGUGGAAUCAGCAAUUGAAACAAAACCUUCUUUGCUAUUCCCUCACGUGAUUAGUACCACAGCAAGAUUUCCUCAGAAACAUCCUAUUCUUGUUACUUCAGGGACUGAGUCAACUCGUACCCAUAUGACAACCGAAAUUACCAUGAAGGCAAACACAACUUCAGCAGGAAUGAAUAUGUCAGCGCAGUCCAUUACAGAUUUUUAUUCACUGGAAGCAUCUAAUGCAGCCACCUAUUCGACAUUUUCAUUAUCAAGAAAACAGAGUUCUUCGGUAAGUUCUUCAGCAGAAGAUGGAACAAUAUCAGUCAUGUCAGCUGGAAUCAUCACUCAAUCCACUGCACCAAUGAUAAUGAACACAACAGUGAAUGCUGCAUCCCUAAAAACACCUUAUACUUUUGUAAAAAUACCACCUAGUUCUUCAGCCAGUUUAUUAAUUGCUUCUGACACUACUGUAUUCCCUAGGAUUACUUCAAAAACGUCUGAUUCUUUUGUUGCUGAUUUGAAGUUUCAUAUGGCUUCACCUUCAGUUCCUACCACCAUAGAAACACCUAUGUAUGUAUCACGCAAGUCUUUAUUUACAUCUCCAGCAUCUCAUGUUUCACAGAGCAGUAAAGAAACUCCAAAAAUGACAAUCAUGAAAACAACUGGUACUACAAAUCCUUUAUCACAGACAAAGAGUACUUCAUUUACAGCUUCAGAAUUUAAGUAUGCAACCUCAUUUGAAAGAACUUCAGAUACUUUAGAAAGCAGCCAGACUUCACAUUUGCAAAGAAAUGUAACCAAGACAAAGUCAACCACAACAGAGAAAUCUUCCCUGCCUUAUUUGACAGUACCUGCAGGUCAGAGUUCACCCUUUUCAAGAGAAAGAAAUAUAACCUUAGCAAAAAAUCUCUCUGAAGUUCCAGAUGUAACAACAUCUGAUUGGUCUAAAAUCCUAACACAGAGAACAGGUAAACCUUAUUUCAAUUUAACAGAGCCCACAGAGUUGGAGAACAGAACUGUAAUAGAUUUAUCCCAUUCUGUUGGUGAAAUGGUGCUUUCUUCCCCUUCAGAGACUAUGGAAACACAAACUUCUCUGGCAAGCACAAAAACAUUGACAGCUAUAGCUGACAAGGCUUCUUCUGGUACAAUGAUGCAUCCACUGUCGUAUACAUCUUCUGAAUGCGUGCCAAGAUAUCUUGAACCUGUCGACAAAUGUAGCCAAUAUAUAUGUGUUAAUAUGGGUUGGAUGUUAUACAACCUAUCAAGGAACUGCCCUAAGGAUGCGCAGAAGCCAGACUGUGGUUUUCGAGGAAUGCCAGUUCAAGUUAACGCUGAUAGUUGUUGCCCAGAAUGGGAAUGUCCCUGUCAAUGUUCUGUACUGUCUGAACUGAGUGUUAUUACAUUUGAUGGAAACAACAUAGCCCUCUGUAAUAUGGCUUCCUACAUUUUAGUCAAGCUACCGGGAGAAGUUAUUAUUGCUCAUAUUGAAAAAUGUCCUUCUAAUCAGAGUGCAAAUUCAAUAAGAAAUCUAGUUCCCCCUGCAAGCACUUCAGGGCUCUGCUUUAAGAAGUUGAAUGUAACAACACAUAGAUCUAAAUUACUUAUUAAUCGUUUAGCAAGAAAAGUAGUAGUGGAUUCUGUAAUUCCAUCAUUACCGUUUUCAAAAGAAGGACUGAGUAUUCAGGAUACUGGUGCAAUGUAUGUCAUUAAUACCCCAGCUGGUAUUAGCAUCAAGUGGGCUCAUGUUACAGGCAUCAUAGAUAUACAGUAUGGAUUACACUCUAACACAUCAAUGAAGACAGAAGGACUUUGUGGGGUGUGUAAUGGAGAUCCUACUGAUGACCUGAAAAUGCAAAACAGGACCAUAAUUACAAAUGUGGAGGAAAUUGAAAUGUUCAUUAAGAGUUGGGAAAUUGAGAAAUCACAUGAUGUAACAACUAGGAGGCCAGUAAGAAACUGUACUGAAUAUAACUGCACAUACUGCAUAGAACUGUUAAACAGAAGUGUUUUCCUCCCUUGUCACAAGAAAGUUUCACCACAGGAGUUUUGUGAAAAGAUGUGGAUCAACAGCACUCAUUUUUGGAAUUAUGAGUGUGAUGCACUUUCUGCAUAUGUGGCGUUAUGCAACAAGCACAAUAUCUGCAUUAAAUGGAGGACAUCUGAUUAUUGCUCAUUGAAUUGUCCAGAGGGCAAGGAAUACCAGCCUUGUGUGCAACCGUGUGAAGCAAAGACAUGCUUGAAUAAGUGGUUGUAUGAAGAUUCUCCCUGUUCCUAUUUAAGGGAAGACUGUGUGUGUAAAAAUGGCACUAUUCUACAUAGAACAGACUCUGACCUCUGUAUUCCAGAAGAAAAAUGUACAUGUACAGAUAACAGAGGCCAACCCCACUCUGCUGGGGAGAUCUGGAAUGAGUCCAUGAGAGGUUGUUGCAUAUACAACUGCUUAGAAAAUGGAACUGUUGUUGCUGUAGAACCUGAAUGUAAUGAUGAUCCACCACCAGCUUGUGAAAGAGAAGGAGAAGUUAUCAUCCAUGUCAUUGAAGAAAGGGCUUGCUGUCCCAAGAAAGUUUGUGAAUGUAACAUGUCAUUGUGUGAUGCCAUUAUUCCAACAUGCAAAACCAAUGAAAAAUUGGUUGUAGGCUACAACCCUCUGUCCUGCUGUCCACAAUACCGAUGUGAAUGUGAUCCUUCAGUUUGUUUCAAUGCUUCUCAGCUGGACUGCAGAGAAGACCAAUUUAUUGUUGAAGCAAAACAGGAAGAUCCCUGUUGUUUCUCUUACGUCUGUGUUUGUGAAUCCUGUAUUGAACCUGUUCCCUUGUGUAAUGAAGGGGAAAUUCUCACUGUAGACCUUAAUACCAUACAUUACUGUUGUCCUCAUUACUACUGUGUUUGUGAUGAAAACCUUUGUUCUGAUCCUCCUAUUAAUUGCACAGAUGACAUGAAACUUGUGAAGGAAAAAAUACCUGGGCAGUGUUGUCCAGAAUGGCACUGUGAAUGUAGCUGUGAAAAUGCUACUACGGUGACCUGCAAAUUGGGAGAAGUUAAAAAAAUAGACAGUAGCAUUUACAGUGCUUGUGGAUGCACUCACUACAUUUGUGAAAAGGAUGAUGUGUGCAUCUUCCAAGAAGUAACUGUACUGAAUCCUGGACAAUCGGUGAUUCAGUACUUGGAUGGAGACCUUUGUUAUACUGUACAGUGUUUAGAAGAAAAAGAUCACAACACGGGAUACAAUGCCAUGCAUUUUACAACAGUGAACUGUUCCCAGCAAUGUGAAGCUCAUCAAAUAUAUAUUCCUUCCUCCAGUCAUCAUAGUUGCUGUGGUACCUGUCUAAAUGUGUCCUGUUUUUUUCACACUGAUAAUGGCACACAAAUUGUAUAUGAGGAAGGAAGCACUUGGAGCACCAACUGCACAAACUACAAGUGUACAAAGACUGCUGCGGGGGCUAUGAUACUGGGCUCUGGUGUGGUUUGCCCCCCUUUCAAUGACACUGAGUGUACAAAGAACGGAGGAAUUGUGCAAACAUAUAAUGAUGGCUGCUGCAAGACCUGCAAAAAGGAAGAAAGGAUUUGCCAGAAAAUGACAAUCAGGACAACUAUAAGAAAAAAUGACUGUAUAAGUCAAAGCCCGAUAAAUGUGGCUUCUUGUGAUGGAAAAUGCCCGUCUGCAACAAUUUUCAAUGUCAAUAUUGAUAGCCAUUUAAGAUUCUGUAAAUGUUGUCGAGAAAAUGGAACACGUAAUCUGACUGUGCCACUACACUGCUCAGGAAAUGGCACUGAAAUUAUGUAUGUCAUUCAAGAACCUAUAGAAUGCUCAUGCCAAUGGAACUGAGCAUUGCAUGGAUAUGAUUUCAUCUCAAGAACUGAAAUGUGUUUCAUUUCACCAGGCUAUUUUUUCACCUUGGAUGGAUAUACUACUCUGCAGGAAAAAAAAAAAAAAUACACCAAUUAUGUUUUAUAAUGUAACUUUUCAAAUUUAGUAGACAUUAUGUUGUUGUUCAAAUUUCCUUUU